GGAUGUGAUGUGAAAAAAAUCACACUCCACUUUUUCCUUUUUUCCCUCCGUGUGCAUUGUAACACGGCGAGAGGAAAAGAAAACCCGUUUCGGUGUAACCCAGUGGUGCUGGAUGCCAGCUUGAUGUGUUAGUGUUGUUUACUCGGGGGUGGCUUUGCUGAAGAAAAGGCUCUGUGUGGGGAAAAGUCGGCAUUUAAGAGCAGAGAUGUAGUGUGUGUUCUGCAGUGGGAGACUCUGAUGCCUCACCAUGUUACUGUUCUUGCUGUUGGUCCUACAUCCUAAAGCCAAUGCUCAGAUAGACCCCGUACUGUGUCGCUACCCUCUUGGCAUGGAGGAUGGCAGAAUCAAAAAUGAUGACAUCACAGCCUCCAGCCAAUGGUACGAUACGACCGGGCCGCAGUACGCCAGGCUGAACAGGGAGGAGGGUGACGGCGCCUGGUGUCCUGCCGGUCAGCUGCAGCCGUCUGAUGUCCAGUACCUGCAGCUGGACCUCCGUCAGCUCACCUUCCUCACGGUGGUGGCCACGCAGGGCCGAUACGCUCGCAGCUCCGGCAACGAGUUCGCCCGCAAGUACCGGCUCACCUACAGCCGAGACGGCCAUCGCUGGAUCUCCUGGAGGAACCGCUUCGGCAGCGAGAUUAUCAUGGCGAAUGUGAACACGUACGCCUCGGUGGUGAAAGACCUCCACCCUCCCAUCAUCACACGCUUCCUCCGCCUCAUCCCCGUCACAGACGCCGUGCACACCGUCUGCAUGCGCGUCGAGCUGUUCGGCUGCCCCUGGCAAGACGGGUUAACGGCGUACAGCGCUCCUGAGGGCCACACCAUGAUGGCUCCCGGAUAUCCCAUCACCCCCCUGAACGACUCCACCUACGACGGAGUUCAGGAGCGCAGGAGGGUGCUGGGUGGUCUGGGUCAGCUGACAGACGGUGUGAUCGGUCUGGAUGAUUUCUCUCAGACGCGUCAGUACAUGCCGUGGCCCGGUUACGACUACGUGGGCUGGAGGAACGACUCUCUCGGACCCGGCUACAUUGAGAUGGAGUUCCAGUUUGACAGGCAGAGGAACUUCACCUCCAUGAAGGUCCACAGUAACAACAUGUUCGCUCGCGGCGUUAAGGUGUUCUCGUCCGUAUCGUGUGUGUUCAAGCCGCGGCUCAUCUCACAGUGGGAGCAGGAGCCCGUGGAGUUCCGCACGGUUCUGGACGACCGGAACCCAAGCGCGCGGUACGUCACCGUGCCUCUGGAGCGACGAGCGGCCACGGCCAUCCGCUGCAGGUUCUACUUCGCCGACACCUGGAUGAUGUUCAGCGAGAUCUCCUUCCAGUCCGCGACCAACCCGCUGCCCACCCUGAAGCCUCCGGUGAUGACAUCACUGCCAUUUGAAACGCAGAGCCGAGCCCCGACUACAGUUACAGCAGCUACAGACGCCGGCACGGUAACGUCGAAGCCCCGCCCACCCGAAGAGAGCAGCACGUCCGUUCUGAUUGGCUGUCUGGUCACCAUCAUCCUCCUGCUGGUGGUGAUCAUCUUCCUCAUUCUGUGGUGGCAGUAUGUGUGCAAGGUCAUGGAGAAGGGUCCGAGGCGUAUCCUGGAUGAGGAGGUGAUGGUGCAUUUGCCCUGCAGCAGUGACUCUCCUCAGUCGCCCCCUCUGGACUCUCUGGACUCUCCGUAUGAGAGAGUGUUUCUGCUCGACACACCCACACACACUCCGGAACGCACUGGGCUUAGAGCCAAAGCCCCGGAUUGUGGUGGUGGUUAUGCCGAGCCAGACAUUACCCGCUGCACCCAUCACCAGAGUCUCCAGUCCAGCGUUCCUCACUACGCCGAGACCCUGAUUGUGAAGCUGCAGGGCGUUACCGGCGGCAACACCUACGCCAUCCCCGCCCUCACCGCAGACUCUCUGACACGUAAAGACAUCACCGCCGCCGAGUUUCCAAGGGAACGCCUCAUCUUCCGCGAGAAACUGGGGGAGGGGCAGUUUGGAGAGGUGCACCUGUGUGAAGCGGAGGGUCUGGUGGAGUUUUUAGAAGAAGACGCUCCUCCGUUAUCUGAUAACAAGAGCUCGGUGCUGGUGGCAGUGAAACAGCUCAGAGCCGACGCCACCGUCAACGCCAGGAACGACUUCCUGAAGGAGAUAAAGAUCAUGUCACGCCUGAACGACCCGAACAUCAUCCGCCUGCUGUGUGUGUGCGUGUGCUCAGACCCCCUGUGCAUGGUGACGGAGUACAUGGAGAACGGAGACCUCAACAUGUUCCUCUCUCAGAGAGAGAUCGAGAGCACGCUCACCCAUGCCAACAACAUCCCCUCCGUCAGUAUGUCAGACCUGCUGCACAUGGCCGUUCAGAUCGCAUCGGGGAUGAAGUACCUGGCGUCUCUGAACUUCGUGCACCGGGACCUGGCCACGCGGAAUUGCCUCCUGGACCGACAGCUCACCAUCAAGAUCUCCGACUUCGGCAUGAGCAGGAACCUGUACAGCAGCGACUACUACAGAAUCCAGGGCCGAGCCGUGCUGCCUAUACGCUGGAUGGCCUGGGAGAGCAUCCUGCUGGGUAAGUUCACCACGGCGAGUGACGUGUGGGCGUUUGGUGUGACUCUGUGGGAAAUCUUCACUCUGUGUACGGAGCAGCCCUACAGUCUACUGACGGACGAGCAGGUCAUCGAGAACAGCGGAGAGUUCUUCAGGAACCAGGGGAGACAGAUCUACCUGUCCCCUCCCCCGCUGUGCCCCGCCCCUCUGUAUGAGCUGAUGAUGCGUUGCUGGAGGCGUGACAUCAGAGAUCGCCCCUCCUUCAACAGCCUGCACCAGGCCUUACGACUCUACUCUGCCCACUCCUGACUGACAUAUGCUCCAGCCAAUCAGCUCUGACCAUGAGCCCAAGCCAACCAAUCAACUCUGACCAUGAGCCAGACCCAACCAAUCAGCUCUGAGUGAGAGUCUGACCCAACCAAUCGGCUCUGACCAUGAGCCCAACCCAACCAGUCAGCUCUGAGUGAGAGCCUGACCCAACCAGUCAGCUCUGAGUGAGAGCCUGACCCAACCAGUCAGCUCUGACCAUGAGCCUGACCCAACCAAUCAGCUCUGACCAUGAGCCUGACCCAACCAAUCAGCUCUGACCAUGAGCCCGACCCAACCAAUCAGCUCUGAGUGAGAGUCUGACCCAACCAAUCAGCUCUGACCAUGAGCCAGACCCAACCAAUCAGCUCUGACCAUGAGCCAGACCCAACCAAUCAGCUCUCACCAUGAGCCUGACCCAACCAAUCAGCUCUGAGUGAGAGCGUGACCCAACCAAUCAGCUCUGAGUGAGAGUCUGACCCAACCAAUCGGCUCUGACCAUGAGCCCGACCCAACCAAUCAGCUCUCACCAUGAGCCAGACCCAACCAAUCAGCUCUGACCAUGAGCCUGACCCAACCAAUCGGCUCUGACCAUGAGCCCAAGCCAACCAAUCAGCUCUGAGUGAGAGUCUGACCCAACCAAUCAGCUCUGACCAUGAGCCAGACCCAACAAAUCAGCUCUGACCAUGAGCCAGACCCAACCAAUCAGCUCUCACCAUGAGACUGACCCAACCAAUCAGCUCUGAGUGAGAGCGUGACCCAACCAAUCAGCUCUGAGUGAGAGCCUGACCCAACCAAUCAGCUCUGAGUGACAGUCUGACCCAACCAAUCAGCUCUCACCAUGAGCCAGACCCAACCAAUCAGCUCUGACCAUGAGCCUGACCCAACCAAUCGGCUCUGACCAUGAGCCCAAGCCAACCAAUCAGCUCUGAGUGAGAGCGUGACCCAACCAAUCAGCUCUGAGUGAGAGCCUGACCCAACCAAUCAGCUCUGAGUGAGAGCCCGACCCAACCAAUCAGCUCUGAGUGACAGUCUGACCCAACCAAUCAGCUCUGAGUGACAGUCUGACCCAACCAAUCAGCUCUGACCAUGAGCCAGACCCAACCAAUCAGCUUGCAGAGCCUGCAGUCUUUCCCCUGAGGAGAACCGGAAACUGGACAGCCUUGAUGUAGCGGCGCUGGAAGAGAGUCAGAGAUGAUGAUGAUGAUGAAGAUGAAGAUGUCAUUUUGAGACACUCUUUUCUGGGUUUCAGUCCUGGAGCACUUGUUAGCGUGGUUCUGCGCUAAUCAUAAAUUAGCAUGUUAGCAUCAGAGACGUAGACACUUGAGACGUUUUUUUGUGUGUUAUUUUUUUCUUUUUGUUUUUUUUAAAAAAAAAUGUAAUGGUUGUUUUCUUUUCCUGUCCUUGUGAUAUGUUGUGUCUCUGAGCCUACUGUACGCUCACGGCCUUAAAUCUGCAGUUCAGCGCAGAAUGAAAUGUACACGAGUCUUUUAUACUCCGAUAAAGCCGUAUUAGAGAGAGUGUGUGAUGCGUUAGAUGUGCAGUUUGUACAUUAACCUCAAGCUCCAUGUUCAGGCUGAUCAGAGGAUCAGAGGAAACUGUGUACGUUUCAUUUACGGCUGAAAUGUUCCUUUAAGGAACCAACUGGAGGAGUGAGUGAGUGAGUGUGUGUGUGUGUGUGUGUGUGUGUGUGUGUGUGUGUGUUUGUGUCAGCCCUGUGGUCCCUCACCGCUCAGCACUACUGCCUGUGUUCAUCGUUUUGUGUGUGUGUGUGUGUGUGUGUUCACUCCCUCCCCACACUGGAGUUAUGAAUGAAUCCUGACUAUAAUGUGGAUUGUUUUUUUUUGUGUGUGUUUAUAGUUUUCUGUAUAUGAAUGUUCUACAGGUUCAUUUGAGAGAGCAGAACUACUGUCAUAGCUAAACGAGUGGAGCGCUUUUCUGAGAGAGAGAGAGAGAGAGAGAGAGAGAGAGAUGGAGAGAGAGAGAGAGACUGACUGUGUCUAUCUCUUCAUCCUUGCUUUUCCCAUGACAUCUACAGUCCUCAGAGUUGUGUACUAAAAUGUUUGUGAUAUUAAAGCCUUUAACGUGUACAGCACACUGACAACUUUAUGACACACCACAAGCACCUGCAGCAGUGCAUUAUGGGUAAGGCUUAGCGUGAGAUAAAAAGUGUUGUAAAUGUAAUUUGGGACGCUGCCUCCAGUCGUAGCCUGUGCAUCGCUCGUGUGUUAAUAUUCCGCUGAACAUCCUGAUCAGCUCUGAUAGACCUCGAGGACUUUGUGUGAGACAAACAUGAACCCAAACACAUUAAAGAGAACCGGAACGCGUCUAGAACCCGAGUACUGGAGACCUGACCUCUCUCGCACGUGACUCUGCAGCAGACGUGUACGCGGUGUUGAAAAUCUCCCUUCUCUCGUCACUAAUAUUAUAUUCAGCUAUAUUCUGUGGUGCUUACGCUUCCAUAAACCGUUCCUGCGUGCAUGACGCCUCGUUCUUUCUGUCUCCGUGUGCAGUCGUUAGUGUGUUAGGCGUUUGUCCACUUCCUGUGUGGUUCCGCUGCUCAUGGGUUCGGCUCUCGGCUGGGGGGAUUUCAGGAGGGUCCCCUGUGCGUGUGUGUGUGAGUGUGUGUGUGAUGGAGUAGUGAGAGUAAACUGCCACGGUGUGUGUGUGUGUGAUCUGUGUUAUAAAUAGUGUGUGUGGUUGUGGCGUGUACAUAAGCAGAACAGAUGUGUGUAAUAUAUACGGGGGUGAAGGAGGACAUGUUGUGGCGUAGCGUUUCUCUCAGAGCUUCUCUUCUGCUCCUGUUUUCUUCUUUUUCAUUAAAAUCUGAUCAAAUCCUC